AAUGAAAUCGAUAAAUAAACAAUAAACCAAAAGCAGAAACGCUACAGAAAUUCAUCCAUCAUCAAAUCCAUCCCCAAAAUCACCGUCCAUGGCAAGCCUAUGGCGAGCUGUGGUUGGCUCAGCCGAAGCCGGCGCCGACGACUACGACGGCGUCGAGUUCUGGGGCGCGCCGGAGCGCGCCGGCUGGCUGACGAAGCAGGGCGAGUACAUCAAGACCUGGCGCCGCCGCUGGUUCGUGCUGAAGCAGGGGAAGCUCUUCUGGUUCAAGGAGUCCACCGUCACCCGCGCCUCCCGCCCCCGCGGCGUCAUCCCCGUCGCCGAUUGCCUCACCGUCAAGGGCGCCGAGGACGUGCUCCAUCGCCAAUUCGCCUUCGAGCUCUCCACCCGGAGCGAGACGAUGUACUUCAUCGCCGAUUCCGAGAAGGAGAAGGAGGACUGGAUCAACUCGAUCGGCCGAUCCAUCGUCCAGCAGUCGAGGUCGGUUACUGAUAACGAAGUUCUCGAUUACGAUAGCCGCAAGGGUUAGGGGUGAAAUCGGUUUGCCCUAAUUUUUCUGAUCUUUGCUUUUUUUUUUAAUUUUAUGGUGGUGUUGGUAUAUAAAUAAAUUCUCAAUUUCUGUUUUGCUUUGUGUUUCUGGAAGUGUAUUUGGUGUUAAUCAAUUGUGAUAAAUGCAGUAUAUGUUGCAUCUA